AUGGCAGUUACUAGAGAGAAAGAAAAUUGUACAAGAAAAAUUAAUGGAAAUAUACCUGCAUUAUCCCUCAAUAGUGAUAAUAUGUCGACAUCUACUGAUAGUGACGACGUAGCGGAUCCGACAUAUGAAAUUAGGAACAUUCAAAGUAUAAUAAAUGUGACUCGCGAAAACAUUGACGCUCUGAAUGCAAAAUUCGCUGGUUUACAGCACCCGCCGACGCUUUAUUUGACCGAGUACCAGGAGCUUACGUCUAAGUUGCAUAAUUUGGAGUUGAAGGAACGGACUUUGCGGGAGUUGUUGGCGAAUGAAUCGCCUGAUAGGAGUGAGGAGUGCUCGUUGCAAGAUGACUCGAAAAAGUAUGACACGCUCACGCGGCAGCCGAAGGUAUUCCUGCGGGCGCACCUGCCGAACCAGCAGCGGACGAGUGUGCAGGUGAAGGAAGGUGUGACGCUGCGUGACGCGCUCUCGAAGGCGCUGAAGCUGCGGAACUUAACGUGCGAGAUGUGUGAAGUUGUACGGACAGGAAAUAACCAAGUGAUUCCAUGGGACAUCGACAUUACCAUGAUCGACGCUGAGGAGGUAACGGUUCGGACGUUGGACAAGCUGCCGAUUAUGUCUCACAUCUCGCACCAGUUCACGCGCAAGACGUUCUUCACGCUGGCUUUCUGCGAGUGCUGCCGACGGCUGCUAUUCAACGGUUUCUACUGCUCGCAGUGCAACUUCAAGUUCCAUCAGCGCUGCGCUGAUAAAGUACCCAGUAUUUGUCAUCAGGUACGGAUGACUGACACGUACUACAAAGUAUUGUUGGCGCAAAACCCGGAGACGCAGGCCAUCCUGCAGUAUCCCAACUUCGGCUACCCGCACCUCAUGCGGGUUGACGGCAAGCAGCAGCAUCCGCGCUCCCUGAACCAGGCGGACCGGUCUAACUCAGCGCCCAAUGUGUGCAUCAACAUGGUUCAACGCUCCAUAACGCUGGCAGAUCAUCAGCGGAAGUACAACCAGUGUAAUAACUCUCCUCAAUCCACGAAUUACCUGACGUCAUCUGCGCGGCAGAGUAAGGACGACAAAGACAAGGGUAGCGACCAGCAACACAGUCAGAGUACGCAGGCGUCGCCGACGGGCACGUUGCGGCCGCGGCGAGCGCGGGCGCGCUCGGCCGACGAGUCGUGGAAGAACGUGCUCGCGCCGCGGGAGAGCUACGACGACUGGGUCAUCCCGGCAGACGAGAUCCUCAUCGGUGCUCGGAUAGGGUCUGGCAGUUUCGGGACGGUGUACAAGGCGCACUGGCACGGGCCCGUGGCCGUUAAGACGCUCAACGUCAAGACUCCCACUCCCGCGCAGCUGCAGGCCUUCAAGAACGAGGUGGCAGUCCUCCGCAAGACGCGGCACUGCAACAUCCUUCUAUUCAUGGGUUGCGUGUCGAAGCCGUCUCUCGCCAUUGUGACGCAGUGGUGCGAAGGCUCCAGUCUUUACCAGCAUUUGCACGUGCUGGAGACGCCACUGCCAUUGCUGUACCUCAUCGACGUCGCAAGACAGACUGCGCAGGGCAUGGACUACUUACACGCGAAGAACAUCAUCCAUAGGGACCUGAAAUCGAAUAACAUAUUCCUUCGCGACGACUGGUCUGUGAAGAUCGGCGAUUUCGGUCUAGCCACGGCCAAGGUGCGGUGGUCGGACGGCGCUGGUGCGGGAGGGGUGCAGUGGCAGCAGCCCACAGGGUCUAUCCUCUGGAUGGCUCCAGAAGUCAUCCGGAUGGAGGAACCUGCGCCGUAUACGUUCCGGUCCGAUGUUUAUGCAUAUGGCAUCGUUCUGUAUGAACUGAUGGCUGGGGAGCUGCCGUAUAUUCAUUUAAAUAAUAAGGAUCAGAUACUAUGGAUGGUAGGUCGUGGUCUACUCAGACCGGACGCAAGAAGACUACGUCAAGACGCGCCGCAGGCAUUGAAGCGCUUGUUCGAAGAUUGCAUAAAGCUGGACAGAUCUCAAAGGCCAUUGUUCCGGCAGAUACUAGCGGCUUUAGAGUGUAUGCUUCGAGCGCUGCCCAAGAUCACGCGGUCGGCGUCCGAGCCUGUCUUGUCGAGACAAUUGCACGCGUCCGAUGACUGCCUCUCGUAUUCUUGCGCCUCGCCCAAAACGCCGGUCAACUUCCAGUUCAAUACUGAUACUAGUUUUCCUGCUUUUUACGGAAUCCCAGUGCCGAACCAGCGGCACCCGUAGGUGGCAGCUGGCUGCGAGCGGCGGCUGGCUGUGCUGUGGUGUGCGGCGGCGCCGGCGGCGCGCCCGUCGCGCUCGCCCGCGCGGCACUCGAUCGGGCCGUGCUCGUCGGCCGGCGCGGCCGCGCGGCCCCACCGCGCCGGCGCGGGCCACAAGCGCGCCUGGCUGCUGGGCCUGUGCCCGCCGCCCGCCUACCUGCGGCCCGCGCGGGCCGAGGUGCCCACGGCGCUCGCGAGGCUCCGGGCGGCCCUGUGCCGCUGCUGCUCCACGUACUAGUGCCGCGAGUGUGUACAUAUUAGGAAAGCGAUUCUAGUGAAGUGACCGAUAGUGAGCAUGUGACGCGAAGGGAUGACGUUUGCAUCCGUCGGCGUAUUUGUUGCGAACGCAAUGCCGUACGAAGUUUCGUUCUGUAGGCGUAAUGCUGUCCGCCGACGAUCGAAGUGUCUUGUCGAAGAUUUCACACGGGAAGUGUGGCUCCGUCGCUACGUCUGUCUGUUUUGGAGUGUGGUGAUAGUGAGACUUUACGGACUGUUUGCGAUACUAACUUGACGUGAUGUUUAGAUUCUUGUAGACGAUACACUGAAGCGAUAAUGUGUAAUACUAAAUUUUAAUAUUUAUCCAGUUCUGCCUCUCACAACGAAGAGACUCCUCCUAUGAGUAAACACUGAUUGCCAUUACAAGGCCGAUUCUCGAGUGCUAUUAAAAUCUAUUGCUUCACUGCUGACUGGAUUGUUGACUAUUUACCAAACUGUCUUAGGCACCUUGUAAUAGCAGAACGAUUUGAAGAGAUGUAUCGAAUUUCAUCAACUGUAUGGUGCCUGUAUUUCUCGACGAGUUGGUUCUAUUCAAAAAAGGGGUAUUACUCAAUAGGCCAUAGUGGUGGUGUAUAUCAUAAUUUAUAUUCACCCACAGGCUUAUUUAAUUUUGUCAUAACUAUAGCAUCUAGUGCACUCUGUACUAAAACAUGUCCACAACUGAAUGAAGUUGUGUAUAAAAUCCUAAUUUGACACUGAGAAAGAACCUUACUUACUUACUUGCUCUUAUCGUUAUAGUGUGUUGCCUAUGAGAUGAGAAGUCAACUUUAGUUUGUCGUAUGACAUAAACAACUCGGGGUCUUUGAGUUAAGAAUCUUCCUCAAUCGUUAUCAUAAUAAUAAAUAUUGAAGUCACAAGUAAUUCGAUUAGCAAUAAAUCGAUAGAAUACGAUCGCGAUUCCGACUUAAAAGUAUUAAGUUCAGUUUUAAAUAAUGGGCAGUGUGACAUUUCAAAGGUUACCUAACUUGCAGUGGAAAAUGUACAAUUACUGCCUGUCUGCCUUUUUGAGAGCACACAGGUACAGACUGAACAUCUUAUUUGCCACAACUAACUAUGCAUUUGCGACAUUAAGUAUAACUGGUUUAGUGUCGAAAAUGUCUAAAGUUUCCUUCAGGUGGACAAUCUGCCGAAUUUCAUAUUCUAACCUCAAAUAGCCUAUUAGAACAUUUGAGUAGUUUCUUACAGUAACAAAACCAAUAGAAAAAGUGCCUCCAAAUACUUCUUUUAUUUACGAAAGUAUCAGUGUUUAUUAUGAAAUAAACAUAAUUUUUAAGAAACAACAGCAAAUGCGAUCUCUGCCUUAUGACGAAAGGAAAUCAUGCACCAAUGACAUGAAAAAUUAUUUUUCUGACUAAAUAAAUAUUUUUGUAUAUCUGGAAUGUAAAGUAUUAUUUGUUUUUUAUAAUACAGAGUGGUGCAAAACUCGUUGUAUGUUGUUACUAGUCAAAAGAAUAGACUAGCGCUAACUAAAUGGUGGUCGUAAUGGGCUCAAUGGCUACCUUUUGAAGUGCGCGCCGCAUAUGACGGCACACAAGGCGCGUUUACUCGCUGGCAUAUAUGCGCGGAUGGUAUUGUCCCGACACGUGAUUCUAUGUAGGUUUUAAGAGUAAAUAAAUGCAUGUCAGGGUUGUGUAAACGUGCUUUGAAUUUCAAACCCCAGAACUCACGUGGAGUGAACACGUGAGCUCCAAACCAGGGGAAGAAGUAAGCUUUAUACGGGGGAAGAGUUUUUGUGCAGUACGUAGCAACAACAGGAUAUACUUAUGUUAAUAAAUGGCUAUUAGUGUAUGUUGUUACAUGCUAAGGUAUUUGUAACAUCUGCCAAUGCAAUAUUUUCUGUCAGUGAAGUUGAAGCCUUCUAAUACCAAAACAGUUUGGCUUGCAAGUGGAGAUUAGAAUUAGUCCAGUCUCUUAUUUUGUUGACCCAUGUUUGAUGAAAUACUAGCCCUUAAACGCCAUCGGGUGACAAGAACAAGCAAGUUGCUGGUGGCCGCUAUUAACUGCUGGUGUCUGCACGCGAAAAGUACUCUUAAAACGGUAACGUAUCAACUUUGUUGAUAGUACAUACCUGUAUGCGUUGGGUACAGGUAAAAAUCAAAUUUUGGGAAGAUUUGAUUCGUAUUACGAGACAUAUUAUACAGCUUGCUCGCUCACGCCGCCUUAUGAUACAUGAGGAAAUGAAAAGAAUAAUAAGUUAACCACACUGCUAUUGUCAACUGGCUUACAGUGAAUACUUUCCUUAUAUAGAAUCUUCCUAUUCUCCUGGUGAUGUUUCGCACCACCCUGUAAAUCAGAGGUGCAGGCCUCGCAACCUUAUAAUUUAUUAUUGUACAUAAUUAAAUGUUACUGUAAUUAUAAUUUUAGUAGGCAAGUGUUAAUCUGCAUCUACACUCGUCCAGUGAAUCUUGUGUAUAUUAAUUUUAACGCAUACUAUCGACUCUAAAGACACAAUAAAUUAUUGUUUCA